GCAAUUGAACGCUCCCAUCCAUCUCAUCUUUACCGUCACUAUCGUCUAUCAGACAGCACAUAAUCCCAGAUAUCAUAUCGCUGUAUAUUGUGCUCGGUCGUUCUUUGACAUCAAUCAAAGAACUUUCUAGAACGGAACCGUCGUUGUUGAGCGCGCGCUCCAGAUUCACCUGACACACUCCGCAUCGCGUACGCAAUCCAUCGAAGCAGAAUCACGUAUUCCUCCAGAGCUCGACCGCUCUCUGUUUACCGAUCGCGUUCCGGCGCGCACCUCCGUUCUUUGUUGUCGGGAGAGAGGAGAAAUUUGAAUCAGAUUCUGCACAUACGUCAUAGGCGUCAUGUUUCCUCCAGCACAGGGCUUGCGCCUGGACAUCGAUGCGAUUUCUCAAAUCUUCGGAUCCAUCAGUAUCGCUUGUUGGAUAGUCGUCUUCUCACCUCAAAUUAUUGAGAAUUGGAAGAGGGGUUCAGCAGAUGGUCUUUCGGUAGUGUUUAUCGUAAUAUGGCUUCUCGGCGACUUCUUCAACAUCUUCGGAGCCGUGCUCCAAGGCGUCCUGCCAACGAUGACCAUCUUGGCUGUGUACUAUACGCUCGCUGAUAUCGUGCUACUGCUCCAAUGCUUCUGGUACAAGGGCUUUACCCUUCGCGACGAGGUCCACAAGCCAGAGGAUGAAUCGCAUGAGAACGGAGUAACGUCUUCCGAGCGGUCACCGCUUCUAUCUGAGAAUACGCGUCAAUCGCACGGAGUCCACAUUAACGGCUAUGCCAAUGGAAACGGUCAUGAAAUCACCCCACCAAGGAUCUCAGAUAUUGACAGACGCCAUUCGAAUCACUCCCAAAGCUCGUUCCGGGAAAGAUUCCUCUCCAUCGACGGCACGCAUCUCUCACCCGUUACACCACUACACGACGAAUCGCCCAAAGUCAACACCACACCCCGUCCCAAUCCCACCCAGUCAACACUGCAAACAGUACUCUUCAACCUUGGCACCAUCGUCCUCGUUUGCGCCGCCGGAGUCUUCGGCUGGUGGCUCAGCGCAUCUCGUGCCCCACCGCCCCCACAAAACCCCGACUCCGAUCUCGCGCCCGUCCGAUUCCAUCUCUGGGGCCAGAUCUUCGGCUACAUCUGCGCUGCAUUGUACCUCGGGUCCCGUAUCCCGCAGCUCCUGCUCAACUACCGCCGCAAAUCGACAGACGGCAUCUCCAUGCUGUUCUUCGUGUUUGCGUGUCUCGGCAACUUGACAUAUGUACUCAGUAUCGUUGUGUACAAGCCCAAGUGCAGGGACGUGGUGUGUGGGGAUGGCGAGGCAAAGAGGAUCUAUGCAAGGUAUAUUGCGGUGAAUUUUAGUUGGUUGUUGGGCAGCUUUGGUACGCUGGCGUUGGACGCUUGUGUGUUUGUGCAGUACUUUAUGUAUCGUAAGGAGGGGGAUAGCGAGAGUGAGAGCGAGAGCGAGAGUAGUUCAGAGUAGGACGCAGGGGUUUGUUGAUAAAAGUUUGGGUUCUGUCAUAGAUGGAUGGUGUGUAUGACUUGCUGGUUGCUCUGCAAGUAUUGCCUGUACAUUCUAUCAAGUUCAUUUCGUUGGUAUAUUUCCAUACUUGGUUUAUCAUGUUGACACGUCAGGUCGCAAGAUGCUACAAACGAGCCACACCGCCGACAUGCACUCUGUUUGCAUGUUCCUGCAUAACCGUGCCUCGAUCCAUUGCGCCUAACAUUCAUUGGCCGUCUAUCAUCAUACCUCCUCACCUGAGCCCAACCAAUCCGUUUGUCAAAGCCGGUCUCGCUCCGCCAGAUCCAUCUUCAAGUAC